CUGACUGACUAGGGCCUCACCGAUGGAAAGGAGAAAAGAUUCUGAGGCGCGCGGAGCGUACACUCGUUGAUUAGACUUUUGUAAACUACUUUUUAAAUCCAAUUAAAUACACUGGGAGGAGGAUCAUUGGUUCAUCUCGGAGGUCACUAUCUUAUCUAGAUUCACGUUGUCCUAUGUUUGUCCGUACAGGUAUCAAGGAGGUAGACACAGAAAAAAGCAACGACUCAUUCAUCCUUAGCUCACGCCGAUAGCAACUAGUCCAUCGGGAUCGAGAGGAUGUAAUCGUUCAAGAUUUUUGAAAGUUCGGCUGCUUGAGGACUACAAGGAUUGUGAGGCUCCUCACGUCGAUACAUCUGCUUAUUUCCGACACGAUGAGGAUCCAGCUGGAAGACGAAGCAGCCGCCCAGGUUUGGUUAGAGCUUCAUGGCUACGAUCCCUGGGAUGACUGCGAUACGUACACAGUCUAUCUAGGUCUAUCUCCUGUUCUCGACGAUCCACAUGCCACAAUUAUAGUGACUUCCGCCCAUUUGGCAAUGAGCCCAUAAGGUGGUUGGGCCCGGCUGUUCUCUUGUAGGGGUCCGCCUUAGGCGGAGCCGCGUAUCUAUCUAUUUAUCUAUCCAGUCAUCAUCUAUCUUUCUCUGGGUCCUUCCGACCACCUCAUGACCCUUCAUGACCUUGCUAUACGUAUCAGCCAUCUGCUACUUGUGAAGGGUUUUGUGAAGGGUUUUGUGCAGGAUAUUGAAUUAACAUACCCCGUUGGGGACACACCUUGCUUGCGUCUGUCCGCCGAUAGGUGAGGGAAUUUGGUGUGGGGCAGGUAUGUAGAGUGCAGGGUCGGAGUCGCAC